AUCAAUAUCAUGCUAUUCAGGCUGCAUUAACAUAAAAUCAAUAGGUGAAGCGGCGUGUGACUAGCUCAGUCAGCUGACGGCGUCCAUUGUGAUAGCGACGAGAGAACACAACGAUAUGUGUAUCCGAGGUGAAAUGUUGGUGAUCCUAGCGGUGGUCCUUGUUGUGGGCCUGAUCGCCCAGAUUCAAGCCGUAGAUUUUUAUCAACCGGAGCAGAUCCACAUGUCAUAUGGAGCUGACCCUACGCAAAUGACCUUCACUUGGGUGACCUUUGACAACACGUCGGUCGCCAUUGUUCAAUAUGGCGUCAAAUCGUUUGAAGACUAUACAGCCAAGGGUAUCAUUGAGAAGUUCGUGGAUGGGGGAGCGGCAAAGCGAGUGAUUUAUAUGUACAGGGUGAAUGCUACGAUGUUGACACCUGGACAAACAUACAGAUACCGUGUUGGGAGUCCCCUUGGAUGGAGCACCAUGUUCACAUUCACCGCCAUGAAGAGCGGCACCAACUGGAGCCCGAGGUUCGCCUUGUAUGGCGACAUGGGCAACAAAAACGCCCAGUCGAUGGCCAGGUUACAGACAGAGGCAGAGGAGGGGAACGUGGACUUUAUUGUACAUGCAGGUGAUUAUGCCUACAAUAUGGACAAUGAGAAUGCAACCCGUGGUGACGAAUUCAUGCGCCAGAUCGAACCCAUCGCAGCCAAUGUGCCUUACAUGACAUGUGUUGGAAAUCACGAAUACGCGUACAACUUCUCCAAUUACAAGUAUAGAUUCACCAUGCCCCGAGCUGGUGGCGAAGGCAGAGGGCUGUGGUAUAGUUUCGAUGUCGGGCCUAUUCAUUUCAUAGCAUGGGACACUGAGCUGUACUACUACACCAACUAUGGCAAGCAACAGAUUUAUAACCAGUACAAGUGGCUAGAGCAAGAUCUCAUAGAAGCUAAUAAGAACAGAGCCGAGCGACCCUGGGUCAUAACUAUUGGCCAUCGCCCAAUGUACUGCAGCAACAACAAGAAUGAUAACUUUGAACAUUGCCAAAAUCCUGACAACCUAGUGAGAGUUGGUGACCCAACUCAAAAACCAGGAUGGCCGAGUCCAGAGGACCUAUUCUACAAGUAUGGAGUCGAUUUAGAAAUAGCAGCACACGAGCACGACUAUGAGAGAAUGUGGCCUGUCUUCAACAUGAGAGUGUGCAAUGGGAGCACAAAGUAUCCUUACACCAACCCGACAGCGCCAGUGCAUAUCGUCACGGGAUCGGCGGGCUCUCAGGAAGGCGUUGAUCCCUUUUUCACUAUCCCUUGGCCUUGGAGUGCGUUACGGACCACUGAUUAUGGUUACAAUCGAGUGAAGGUGGUCAAUUCGACACAUCUCUACUUUGAAUAUGUCUCAGAUGUACAGGGAGGAAGAGUGAUGGAUUCUAUCUGGUAUAUCAAGGACAAACAUGGCCCUGGUCUUUACACCUGCCACCUUGGUAUGGAUCAAGACUAUCAUAAGAACAAGGUGAAAGAGUUUGAGAAGAUCCGUGAUGACUUCAACGGAAAGUUCAAGGGAAAGCAGCAGAAAAAGAAAUCGAAACGAAUUCCUCUCAUGCGACUUUUACAGCCAGCCCGGCCAAUUGAACAUGAGCGUCUCUAGAGAUCGGACAGCGAAAAUACUAAUGACAUUCCAUACAAUCAAAGGAGGGCUAGGCAGGAGGUAGGGGUAAGCUGGUUUGACUUGGUGAUGUAAAUAUGCCUGUAACAAUCGUGUCGGUCUACCAUGAGAAAGAGACACCAUGCGGCAACUUAUUGCAACUUUGUUUGGCUCAAUGGCUCCUGCCUCCCUUUGAAUACAAAGAUAACUGUGAUCAAGCUCUACUUAGCCAGCAUAAUCUCAGCCUAUACUUACAUUAUUCUGUGAAGGAUUGUGUGUGUGUGGGGGGGGGGGGGGCUACUUAGCAUCUGUCUUUUCUUUUUUAUCCGACGGCGUGUGCGAAAUCAUUUUGAUCAGACAACCAGCUUCUUUUUUCAAUGCGUUUUCAUUAUUUUGGACCGUUCAUGCGAAAUACAUGAAGAUGCACAAGUUGUAAAUAAAUGAAAAUAUUAUA